UUCUAUUUGCAUCAUGCCCAACCGCAACGGAACUAUAGACCCGUAAGACAUUCCUGCGUUGCAGCUGUCGAUGGAGCUCUCGCAUGCCCGCACGGUCUACCUCGUCAGUGCUGGAAUGUGUAUAUGAUCGGAUCGGCAUCGUCGGUGGGGGGCUGUGUGGUCUCGUGUGUGCGGUGUACCUCGUCCGGGCUGGCAUCAAGGUGGAUGUGUUCGAGUCUGCAUCCAAGUUCGGAGAAGUUGGUGCUGGUAUAUGGCUAGGACCAAACGCCUUGCGCGCGUUGGAUGAGAUGGGUUUGAAAGAUGCCAUCGUUGCCCAUGCGGAUGGAGCGGUUCCAGCGCUAACGCCGUUCACCUUCGUAUCUGCAGAGCAGGGACAUCAGCUCAUUCACAGCUACCAACUCAGUGCAGAAGACGAGACAUUGGGUAUACACAGAGCUGCAUGCCUUGAAGCCCUCGCGGAACUCCUCAACCCAUCUGCCAUCCAUUUUAAUAAGCGAUGCACCCACAUUUCUCAGGAGAACAGUUCGCGACCAGUUAUCCACUUCAAGGAUGGCACGUCAUAUGCAGCUGACGUUGUUAUUGGUACGGAUGGGAUCAAGAGCAUGGUCCGACAAGCAAUAUCGGGAGAAACUGGUAGGCUGGGCGUGAGGUUUACGGGGACGGUCGCGUACCGCGCUUUAUUCCAUCUCGACGACGUGCGGCGCAUAGGCAUACAGACGGACCUGUCGUGUAACCCCCAUUGCUUCGUAGGGGCGGCUAAGCAUAUUAUUACUGUUCCCAUCAAAGGCGGCAAGAUACUAAACGUUGUCAUUUUCUAUACCGAUCGUUCGUUAUUAGGUUCCGUGGAAAUGCCUCCAAAUGAAUGGGUCACCCCAGCUUCGAAGGAGGAGGUCCUAGAAAAAUUUUCGGACUGCGGUCCCGACGUGAAGAAGCUACUAUCUUUGAUCGAAACGUGUAAUAAAUGGUGCAUCCAUGCCAUCGAUCCUCCUCUCGAUUACUUUGUGAAAGGACAGGUCGCGUUGGCUGGGGACUCUGCACAUGGCAUGUGUCCGCAUCUCGGUUCUGGUUUCGGUCAAGGGAUAGAAGACGCUCUGUUGCUCGGUCGUUUACUCAGGCAUCCAAGCAUCGAUUCGUUCAACGUUCAGGAGGCGCUUCGGGUGUACGACCGCGUACGCUGUCCACGGGCAAACAUGGUCCUAACCCGAAGCGCAUGGGCUGGGGAAGUCUACGAGUCUUUGCCAUGCAAGGCCGAUGACAAUACCAAGUUCGAGACUCUCCAUAGUAGUUUGGCAGUUUUGUGGGAACCGGUUUGGCGUCAUGACCUUCAAGAGCACUUAGCUACUGCAAUGGAUAUGCUCAGGGUACUAGACGGCACAAUGUUAGUUGAACAGUUUACGUAGUAACUUGAGCUUUGCGUUGACGGUGACCGAGCUAGUAGGACCUAGCGACCCUGGCCCCCCGGUCAGCAAGGCCCACGCAAGAUGCACCGGUACCCAUGGAUAAAGACUUAACGGAAAUAUCGUACAGAGAGUAGAUGGACGCAAUACCCAGUCGACUAGUCUGGAUACCGGACUACCAGUCAACGUAAUAUUACCGUGCUAUACCAACCUCCUGAUGGAAGUCUGAUGCCGCUGACCUUGACAUAUGAUUCUUAGCAUACUUUGAACGCGUUUCUGUUAAAAUGAUUAUGAACUCGCUAAA